AUGGAGAAUUCAUCCAAAGAAAACACCCAGCUCUUCUUGAAGAACGCAGUCCUGUCCAUGGAUAGGUCAUCUUCAAAGUCAGAAUCUUCAGCAUCGAAGGAGAAAGCAACAUUCUGUGGAGGAAUAAAGAUCUUUCUUGGUGCAUUAUCUUUUGUUUACUUUGCAAAAGCUCUGUCAGGAAGUUACCUAAAAAGUACCAUCACUCAAAUAGAACGAAGAUUUGACAUUCCUUCUUCUCUGGUGGGCCUAAUAGAUGGGAGCUUUGAAAUUGGGAACCUUUUGAUAAUAAUACUUGUAAGUUACUUCGGAGCCAAACUACAUAGGCCAAAGAUCAUUGGAGCUGGUUGCCUCAUCAUGUCACUUGGAACCUUUAUAAUAGCAAUGCCACAUUUCUUUAUGGGGCACUAUAGGUAUGAGAUAUUUUCUUCCUCCUCCAAUUCAACUGUCAGCAUCUCCCCAUGUCUGCAGGAUCGAAAUCAGAUAACAGCCUCGGUCCUGGAAAAAUCUCAGGGCAAAAUAUAUGCAGGGUGUGAAAAGGAAACUGGAACUUCCAUGUGGAUCUAUGUUUUGCUGGGGAAUCUGCUUCGUGGCAUCGGAGAAACACCAAUCCAGCCACUGGGGAUUGCCUACAUUGAUGACUAUGCCACGGAAGAGAGUACAGCCUUUUACAUAGGGUGUGUGCAGACAGUUGCAAUCAUAGGCCCCAUAUUUGGCUUCCUUCUCGGGUCCUUGUGUGCCAAGCUGUAUGUAGACAUUGGUUUUGUAGACAUGGAAAGUAUAACCAUAACUCACAAGGACUCUCAGUGGGUAGGAGCCUGGUGGCUUGGCUAUAUAAUAGCAGGCAGCAUCAGUGUCGUUGCAGCAAUCCCUUUUUGGUUCUUACCAAAGGAUCUUCCAAGACCAGAGGCCCGAAAAGAUUCCAGCACUUCCUCUGAGCAAUCCAAAUUCAUUACAGAUGAUAACAGAGACCAUCAUGUCACCUAUCCAGAGCAAGUUAAGAUUCUCGAGAUGGCUAAAGAUUUUUUGCCUUCGCUUAAGAGCCUCUUUGGAAAUCCAGUUUACUUUUUAUAUCUCUGCUCCAGUGUCAUCCAGUUCAAUUCGUUAAUUGGCAUGGUGACCUACAAGCCAAAAUAUAUUGAGCAGCAGUUUGGGCAGUCGUCUACAAAGACAAAUUUUGUCAUAGGUCUCAUCAAUAUUCCUGCAGUGGCCCUUGGGAUAUUCUCAGGUGGACUGAUCAUGAAGAAAUUCAGGCUGAACGUUUUGGGAGCAGCAAGGCUGUCCUUGGCCGCCUCCUUCUUUGGUUACCUGCUGCUCCUUUUGCUGUUUGCCAUGGGUUGCAAGAAUGCUGAUGUGGCGGGCCUGACUAUCUCCUACCAAGGUCACCCACAGGCCUCUCGGUAUGAACCAACUCUGUUUUCAGAGUGCAAUUUGGGUUGCAUUUGCUCCAAAAAUGAAUGGGAUCCCAUAUGCGGGGAAAAUGGAAUCACGUACAUCUCGGCUUGUCUUGCUGGUUGUAAAAUGUCCAAUGGAAGUGGGAAAAGCAUGGUAUUUUAUAACUGCAGUUGUGUGGAAAUCACAGAAUUUUCGUCCAGACCUUCUUCUGCUGUGGUGGGACCCUGUCAAAAUGGAAAAGAAUGCCCCCAAAUGUUCCUCUACUUCCUGGUCAUAUCAGUAAUCACCUCAUACACCUUGUCCAUUGGAGGCACCCCUGGAUAUAUAUUACUUCUACGGUGCAUCAACCCUCAACUCAAAUCUUUCGCACUGGGCAUCUAUACUUUAGCCAUAAGAGUUCUCGCAGGAAUCCCGGCUCCAGUGUACUUUGGAGUAUCCAUUGACACAACUUGUCUCAAGUGGGGAAGCAAACGGUGUGGUGGCCAAGGAGCUUGCCGGCUGUAUGAUUCGAAUGCAUUUAGGUACAUCUAUCUGGGUUUGACCAUUGCUUUGGGCACCAUGUCCACUCUUCUCAGUGUUGCUGUCCUGAUUGUUCUAAAGAAAAGGUAUAUUCCGCACAAUGAAAGCAUUGUCACCAGUGGACAGAGGGGGACAACCUCUGCUAAGAACCAGACAGACAACUUUGUCAACAGCGACCACCUGAUUCAGACAACCUACUGGCCAGAGAAAGAGACACGGCUUUAG